AUGCGAGGCGCUUUAGAAACAAUAACGAAUUUCAUCUUGGAAUCGAAGGAAGAUUUGAUUCAGGAUCCAAUAAGAGGGAAACUUUGUGUUAUACAUAACUUAUUCAAUAAAUAUAACGAAAAGAAUGGGACAGGGUCCAGCUAUACAUUCCUAGCAUUUAUAAGCUUAGUACUCAAGUUAUAUGAAAUUAGCGGUCGUGCAUUAGAAUUUGAUAUUGAUUUACAAGAAUACAAUUGGAAUGAGACUACAACUUCAAUAACCGAACCAUGUCUCAAAUGGAUCAAUUGGCAACGCUUAGCCAUUCUUAAAGAAAGAUUGAACAGUUUGCAGAUAAAGGAAUCCACAUACAAAGAAAGCAAUCAACUCUCUAUGGAUCAAUAUAAAAGCAAAUAUGAUUUUUUAAUUUCCUUCUUGGAACAGCCAUUGCAAACCACCAUUAAGGAGGAAAGACCUACUAACUAUGGUUCGAAUCUUGAAGUGAAUAUAGAUUUGCCAAUGCUAGAUAAUCUUUUGACAAAGCCGAUAGCUCUGAUUAGCUUAGCACAAGAGAAAGUCCAAUUGAAAACAAGAAGUAAGCCUUAUUACGAAAUAUGCGAUGAUCCACAUCAUUCUCACAUAUUAUCUAGCGUUUGCCUUAAAAGAGAAUUACUAAAACUGGGUUUACCUGAAUUGCUGUAUGUCCACAAGAUCAUACAUCAAGCUCACAACGUGGUUCAACCUGAAAUACUCAAAUGUUCUCAAACAAAGAUACAUUACUUGCCAAUUUUAAAUAAUCAUACCGAUUUAUACUUAGGAGACUGUUCGUAUUUGGAUACAUGUCACAAGAUGAAAACCUGCCGCUACUUGCAUUACUAUAGUUUGUUUCCAAUUACUACCAAACAAGACGAUCACGAGCAGGGUAUUACUAAACGCCCAUCAGACCAUGAGUAUACCGUGGGCGAAUGUUAUACAGAGUACCAAAGGAAACAAAUACCUGCGCAAUGGAUCAAUUGUGACGUUAGAUAUCUUCCGUUUCUGAUUUUAGGAAAAUUUGCAGUCAUUGUUUCGGAUCCAGCGUGGGAUAUCCAUAUGUCCUUGCCGUAUGGAACAUGUAAAGAUUUCGAACUUUUAUCAUUACCUAUGCACGAGUUGCAAGAUGAAGGCUUAAUAUUACUUUGGGUUACCGGAAGGGCAAUCGAAAUUGGUCGUCAAGCAUUGCAAAAUUGGGGUUACACUAUAGCGGAUGAAAUGAUUUGGAUUAAGUUGAAUCAAUUGAAGCGUACUAUUGUAACCGGUAGAACCGGCCAUUGGCUAAAUCAUUCUAAAGAGCACUUGCUCGUGGGCAUCAAAGGGGACCCACCGUGGAUUAAUAGGUUAAUGGAUAUCGAUGUGAUUGUUAGCGGAACUAGGGAAACUCUGAGGAAACCGGAUGAAAUAUAUGAUAUUGUUGAAAGAAUCGUGGGAACUCACUCUAGAAAAUUAGAAAUCUUCGGAAGAGAUCAUAAUGUCCGGCCUGGAUGGUUAAGUAUGUAUAAAAUUUACCAAAAACUUUCGAUUAGGAUACUAACAUAUUUCAAGCCAUCGGAAAUCAGUUACAGGGAACGUCUCUCUACGAAAAGGAAGUUUCGAUGA